UCUCAUUGGAGAAUUUUUCCCUAUGAACUUAUGAAUUCAUAAUUUAGCAAAUUCAUCUCAAACACAGUUGGAGUCCUGGUUUUGCUCCUAGUUAUCUUCUCUGUUACUUAUUCAACAUAUACAGAAUUAGCUAGUGAAACCUUCUGAAACAUUUAUAUUGAUAAGAAAAAGUGUUUUAAGAAAAAUAUCAGGUUGCUCAAGUUUCCCAAACUACCACAUCUGGGAUACAAUGUAUAUGCUGCCCACAUCACAGUGGUGGUGCUCUUCUUUGCGUCCUGCAUCAUCACUUCUACAGCCACUCAGAAUCACUUGGGUGGACAGAAUUCUUGCUCGGUUUUAAAUACAACCACUUACACUCUGAGAAAUAAAAAUAUGAAUAUACUGUGAGUAGUAUCAGGAUAUUUUCUUUAGAAAUGAGAGAAAAUUCUUCUAUUGUUGUGAAAGAUAUGUUUAUUUGUAAGUUGUGAGACUCUUAUCUGUGACCUCUGUCCUUUUCUGUAACAAAUAUGUGUAUCAACUAAUUUCUUUAGGAGAAUUUGCUCUCAUGUUGGUCUUAAUCAAUUUCUGAGUUUUUAAAGUAAGGGAGGGAAAGUCAUGAUCAUGAGUGGGUAAUAGUUUUCAUUGUUCACCUGUGGACCUGAGAAACACCCUAGAGAUACCAAAGUAUAAAAGAAAAUGAGACACAUAAAAACAGAAAUAAUGCCAAAGGAGAAAAAUAAUAAAAGGGAAGGAACACUGAACCUUUUCUUUUUUUUACAGUAUCUAUUUAGAGAAUUAUGUUCAGCUUAAAGAGAGAUCAAAGUAAACAAUAUCAUUAGUAUUUAAUACUUAAAGAUAAUCAUUAAUAAUCAUUAUAGGUUUACCCUCAGAUCCACUCGACAUUAACACUCAAAAGAGGAAUGCUGUUUGCACAUGGAUGUAAUUUAUUCCUAACAUAGAAAACAUAGGUAGAUGAAAGAUGCAUAGAUAGGUAACAGACUGAACAGACAGAAUUUUGUCUUAUUGAACAGGAUAAUAUUUAUAUUUCAGAGUCUAGAUAUUUCCUAGCAUCCAUUUAUAUAAUUGAAAAUAAACCUUGCUUAGUGAUAAUCCUGAGUUAUGAGGAGCUUACAUUCAGAGUUCAUCAAUCAGAACCUCAUUUCCUUUCAAUUUGCUUAAUCUGUUUCUGCAUGACACUACUGUGAUAUUAUUUUCUAAUCAAUUUACUUCAGAUCAAUUCUGCUGUAUUAUAAAUUUUAAUUAAUGGUAAAUUGUAUGCCAUAAAUCAUUAUGCCAAGAAUAUAUUAUAUGAUCCUCUAUAUAGGUUCUCUCCUGAAAGUUCUCCUAAAAUAUAUAUAGCAUAAUAUAUGUAUAUAUAAUAGUAUAUAGUAGUAGUAGUAUAUAUAGAAUAGCAUAUUGCAUAGUGGUAGAAUUAUAUAUAUGUACAUAUUAGGAGAGAGUAAGCCAAAAAUUUAAUUUUAUAGUAAGUACCUUAUAGAAGGAGAGCAACUGAGAAUUGAAGAAGGCCUAUACACAGUACAGAGAAAUGGUAGGGUUGUGUUACAUCAUUGGUACUGCAUUAAAAUAUCCCCUCAACUCCCAAGUACAGUAGUGCCCCCCCUUAUCUGUAGGGAUAGAUUGAGGAUCUCCUGUCAGUGCCUGGAACAAAUACAUGCUAUUUUGUUCUAUACAUGCCUAUGAUAAUAUCCCAUAAAAAAUAAGGCACAGUAAGAUAUUAGCAAUAACGAUUAAUAAAAAUAAAACUAUAAUGAUAUAUUAUAAAAAAGUUACAUGAAUGUGAACCUUCCCAAAAGAGUCAAGACAAAUAGUAAUAUUUUCAUACUACAGUUCAAUGCAGGUAUGUGAUACGUAGGAAAGCAUGAUAGUAAAUCAGUGAGGCUACUGUAUAUGACCUAAUUAGAGUUACUUAGUACACUGGCUACUGUUAGUGCCCCACCCGGAUUCCCAGCACUAGUGGACUGAAGCUAAUUUACAGGACACCACUGUCCUUAAACCAUACUCUUUGCAGACCUGAUUUCCUCAUUCCCCUUUUAUAAAGUGUACAAUAUAAUCUCAUCUCAGGCUCUGCUUCCUGUAGAAUCAAUAAUAGACAUGUAGUUUCCAUUUCUCCAAAAUUUCUCUUCACAAUUAUGCUUUACAAUCUCUAAAUAGAUGCUAAACUUCAAUGUGAACACCACAUAAAUAAAUCCCAUUUUUCUUCUCACUAACUGAUAAUCUGUCAAAUCUAGGUUUAGAGGACAUCCUGAAUAAAAUGGAUUAUGGAAAUCAGUCCACAGUGUCAGAUUUUGUGCUUCUGGGACUCUUCCAUGCCUGGAAUAUUCAGGUCUUACUCUUAAUAUUUUCUACACUUUACCUCAUCAUUGUAUCUGGAAAUAUUGUUAUUGUGAUUUUAAUCAUCACUGAUCCCCAUCUCCACUCUCCUAUGUACUUCUUUUUGGCCAACCUGUCCUUUGUUGACAUGUGGCUUUCUUCAAACACCACUCCUAAAAUGAUUACAGACUUUCUGAGGAAGAACAAAACAAUUUCCUUUGGAGGAUGCAUGUGCCAGAUCUUCUUUGCUCAAUGUAUUGCUGCACUUGAGAUGGUGCUUUUAGUAGUAAUGGCCUUUGAUCGCUACGUUGCCAUCUGCAAACCACUCCAUUACACUACUAUUAUGAGCCUACAAAAGUGCACUGGGCUGGUAGUGACUGCUUGGACCAUUGGCUUUGUGCACGCUCUGAGUCAAAUUGUGUUUAUUGUGCAGCUGCCCUUCUGUGGUCCUAGGGAAAUAGACAGCUUCUUCUGUGACAGACCAUUGGUGAUCAAGCUUGCCUGCAUGGAUCACCAUAAUUUGGAAAUUUUCCUGAAUGUUAACUGUGGGUUUGUGGCUAUAACUUCCUUUAUCCUUUUGUUGAUAUCCUACACAUAUAUUCUUCUCACUGUCUGCAAAAGUUCUAAAGCUGGAGCAUCCAAGGCCCUCUCUACCUGCACUGCCCACAUCACAGUGGUGGUGCUCUUCUUUGGGCCCUGCAUCUUCCUCUAUGUGUGGCCACUCAGCAUCACCUGGAUUGACAAGUUUCUUGCUGUGUUUUACUCUGUGUUUACACCUCUCCUAAAUCCAAUUAUUUAUACUCUGAGAAACAAAGAGAUGAGAAAUGCUAUGAAAAGAUUCAGGAGCUACUCCAUGUAUUCCUAGGCAAAUAAUAAGUGUCCAGAAACCUAAUAAUUCUUCAUUAUUUGGGAGUAUUCCAAUCAGCCUUUCUAUGUCUUAUUCUAUAUUAAAUGAGAUCUAACAAAGAUAUACAACCAUCUCAUUGAAAGCAUCUUAAUCAGUUUCCUUAAAUUUUCUCUCAAGUUCACUUGGAAAAGUGAAUUUUUGAGCAUUGGCACCACCUUCAAAGUUUUCUUUUGAAUCUUAUCAAUGAAUAUUUCUGGGGGGCAGUGCUUGGCAAAGCAGGUUAAGCAGGUGCCUGCAGCACCAGCAUCCCAUAUGGGCACUGGUUCAAGCCCCAGUUGCUCCACUUUUGAUAUAGCUCCAAGAUAAUGUGCCUAGGAAGGCAGUGGGAGAUGGCCCAAGUGCUUGGGCCACUGCGCCCACAUGGGAGACCUGGAGGAAGCUCCUGGCUCCUGCUUUUGGCCUGCCCCCCAUCCCUGACCACUUUGGCCAUUUGGAAAGUGAACCAGCAGAAGGAAGGUCUAUCCCUCCUCCUUUCUCUUUGUCACUCUGCCUUUCAAAUAAAUAAAAUAAAUCUUUGAAACAAAUUCUGUUAUUAUUUUCUUAACCUAGCCUCCUAGGUUCCCCCCACUAAUGGGAAAAAAACAAGGGAAAAAUGAAAAGUAGAUGAAAUAAGUAAUAAAGUAUAUAGGGAAUAGCAAUGGAGACUAUUCUUGUUUGGAUUUCACUAACUUAAUAAGGUUAAAGAACAUAAAGUAAGACCUAUUUGUAUUUAAUUUAAUUAUCUCUGUCUCAAGGUCUAAAAUUUUUGUAAAUUAUUAUUAUUGUAUGUUUGGAAAUUCAUUUCUGUGCAUUUUCAUAAGUGUUUGUUGGUCAUUUGAAUUUCCCCUUGAAAAAUCCCUGAUUAACUCGUUCACCCAUUUCUUUACUGGAUUGUUUGUUUUGUUGUUAUUGAAUUUCUUGAGCUCUUUAUAUAUUCUGGAUGCUAAUCCAUUAACAGUUUGCAGUUUGCAAAUAUUUUCUCCCAUUCGGUCAGUUGCCUCUUCAUUUUGCUGAGUGUUUCUUUUGCAGUACAGAAGCUUCUCAGCUUGAUGUAAUCCCAUUUUCAAUUUUGGCUCUGAUUCCUGUGCUUCUGGGGUCUUUUCCAAGAAGUCUUUGCCUAUGCCAACAUCUUAUAGAAUUUCCCCCAUGCUGUCUAAUACUUUGAUGGUAUUAGGUCCUCGACCCAUUUUGAGUGGAAUUUUGUUUAAGGUAUAAGGUAGGGAUCUAGUUUCAUACUUCUGCACAUGAGAUUCAGUUUUUCCAGCACCAUUUGUUAAAAGAGACUCUCUUUGCUCCACGGAUUGAUUUCAGCUCUUUUAUUAAAUAUGUUGGCUAUAGAUGCAUGGAUUGUUUUCUGAGUUUCUAUUAUUUUCCAUUGGUCUAUAAGUCUGUUUUGGGGCCAGUACCAGGCUAUUUUGAUUGUAGCUGUCCAGUGGUAUGUCUUGAAAUCAGGUAUUCUGAUGUCUCUAGCUGUUGUUGUUGUUGUUGUAUAAGAUUGCUUUAGCUUUGGAAGAUCUCUUGUGUGUCCAUAUGAAUUUCAGCAUAGUUUUCUAUAGAUCUGUGAAGAAUGUUGUUGGUAUUUAGAUUGAGAUUGCACUGAGUUUAUAAAUUGCUUUUAGUAGUAUGGACAUUUUGAUGAUGUUGAUUUGAUUCUUCCUAUCCAUGAAAUUGGAAGAUUUUUCCAUUUUUAAUGUAUUCUUCCAUUUCUUUCUUUAGAGUUUUGUAAUUUUCACUGUAAAGAUCUUUGACAUUCUUGGUUAAAUUUAUUCCAAGGUAUUUGAUUCUUUUUGGAGCUAUUGUGAGUGGUACUGAUCUUACAAGUUCUUUCUCAGCUAUGGCAUUGUCUGUGUAUGCACAGGCUGUUGAUUUUUCUGUGUUGGUUUUAUGUCCUGCCACUUUACCAUAGUCUUUUUAUAAGUUUCAAUAGUCUCUCAGUGGAGUUUUUUCCAUCCCCUAUGUAAAGGAUCAAGUCAUAUGCAAAUAAGGAUACUUUGACUUCCUCUUAUCUAAUUUGUACCUCUUUGAUUUAUUUUUCUUGCCCAAUGGCUUUAGCUAAAACUUCCUGGGCUAUAUUAAAUAGCAAUAGUGAGAAUGGGCAUCCUUGUCUGCUUCUGGUCUUAGGGGGAAUGCUGCCAGCUUUUCUCCAUUCAGUGGGAUGCUUGUCAUAGAUUUGUCAUAAAUUGCUUUGAUUGUAUUGAGGAAUGUUUCUUCUACACCCGUUUUCCUUAAGGGUUUCUUCGUGAAAGGACAUUGUAAUUUAUCAAAUGCUUUUUCCACAUCUGUUGAGAUUAUCAUAUGAUUUUUGUUCUUCAGUUUGCCAAUACACUGUAUUAUAUUGAUAGAUUUGUGAAUGUUGAACCAUCUUUUCAUUCUGGGGAUAAAUUCCACUUAGUCAGGGUGAAUGAUUUUUCUGAUGUGUUGUUGGAUUCAAUUAGUUAAUAUUUUGUUGAGGAUUUUUGCAUUUAUGUUCUUCAGGGAUAUUGAUCUAUAGUUCUCUUUCUCAGUUGCAUCUUUUCCAGGUUUACAUUUGGGAGGAUUGCUUCCUUUUCAAUUCUUUUGAAUAUCUUGAGAAGAAUUAGAAUUAGUUCUUCUUUAAAUAUCUUGUAGAAUUCAGCAGUGAAGCCAUCCGAUCCUGGACUUUUUUUUUGUUGGGAGCAUCUUUAUUACUGAUUUAAUAUACAUCUUAGUUAUUGGUCUGUUUAGGUUUUUCUAUAUCUUCAUGACUCAAUUCUUGUAGAUUGCAUCUUUCUAGGGAUCUAUUCAUUUCUUCUAGGUUUCCUAGUUUGCUGGCAUACAGCUAAACAGCUUUUAAUUUCACUGAUUUUUUGUAUUUUUGUUUCAGUUUUAUUUCUUCUCUAAUUUUAGUUAUUUCUUUCCUCCUACUAGUUUUGGGUUUGGUUUGUUAUUGAUGUUCUAGGUCCUUGAGAUGCAAUGAUAGUUCAUUUAUUUGCUACCUUUCCAGUUUCUUCAAGUAGGCACUGAUUGCUAAGAACUCCCCUCUUAACACUGUUUUUGCUGUAUCCAGUAGUACUUGAUAUGAUGUGUGGUCAUCUUCAUUUGUUUCCUGAAAUUUUUUGAUCGCUCUUUUGAUUUCUACUAUGACCCACUGUUCACUCAGAAGUAUGUUGUUUAGUCUCCAUGUGUUUAUCUAUGUUCUAGAGAUUCUUGAGUUGUUGAUUUCUAGCUUUAUUCCAUUGUGGUCAGAGAAGAUGCAUGGAAUGAUUUAGAUUUUUUGGAAUUUGCUAAGACUUGCUUUUUGUCCUAGCAUAUAGUCUAUCAUAGAGAAUGUUCAAUUCACUGAUGAGAAGAAUGUGUAUUCUAAUACUACUGGAUUUCAAGUCUUAUAACAAUAUUAAGAUAUCAAGACAUGUUACACUGGAAAAAUACCAGAUACAUAGGCAAAUAGACAGACUCAAGCCAAUAAAUAGACAUAAAUGUGGUUAACUGAUCUUUGACAAAGUACCAAAGGAAACACAAUGGGUGAAAAAGAGUCUCUAAAACAAAGUUUGCUGGCAAAACUAAACAUCCACAUACACACACAAAAAAAAUAAUUCUAGACACAGACCUAAAAUCCUUCACAAAAAUUAACUCAAAACAAAUCACAAACCCAAAUACAGAACUCAUAGAAAAUAUUAGAAAUUUAAGUAGCCUUGAGUGUGUGGUAACUUUUUAGAAAUGACACCAAACACACAAUAUAUAAAAGAAAGAAACUAUAUAUUGAAUCUUGUGUCACUACAGAAAUACACAUCAGAACAGCAACAAGAUACCAUACGCACAAAUUUGAAAUGGCCAAAAGCUAUAACACUGAUAAUACCAAAUGCUGACAAGAGAAUAGAGCAAGAAGAAAUUUCACUCAUUACCAGUGGGAGUGCAAAAUAAUGGCAUCAUCUUGAAAGGUAUUUCUGGAAAAAAAAAAAACUGAUAUCUUAGGUUUCAGCUGUUUUGAUACUUGGUAUUUAACAAAAAGAAUUAAACAAUUAUAACUGCCUAGUAAUCUGAUAAAAGACAUUUAUGACAACUUUAUCAUUUCCAAAACUCAGAAACAACCAACAUGUUCAUCAGUAGAUGAAUGAAUGAAUAAACUGUGAUAAUGUCCAGAUAAUUGGACAGUGUUCAGCACUACAAAUAAAUGAAAUAUAAAGCCUGAAAAAAUGUUGAGAAAACUUAAAUUCAUGUUACAUCACCAAAUAAGUGUUGCUAUGCAUAAAAGUGAAUAGAAGCCUAGGGAAACCGUGUCCAAUGUACAAAUUACAAAACUUAGUUUACUAAAGUAUACAACUUUAUAAAUAACAGAUGGGAUGUGACAUGACAGAUAAAAGAAGGAAGCAAAACAUUUAGAUAUCAUAAGAAAUGUCUCUUGUGCUCAUAGCAUCUUCUUUAUUCCCUUUGGAAUAUAUGAUUCCUGGUCAAAUGGAACAGAGAUACUGAGACUGAGAACAUCCAUCCCUGCUGCUUAAUGCCUUUGCGUUGUGUGGACUUUACAAGAACUUCUAAGAAUGUUUGUUUUGGCCACAGCAGGUAAGGGAUACUCCAUCUGCCAGAAGGCUUUUCAAAAGUAUGAAAAUAGCAGAAACCCGUUUAUUAUCUGAUGGAAGCUCAAAAGGGAGAAGAUAAAAUUCUUGUUUAUUCUCAACCUCAAUUACUCAAUUACCAAAAUUACCUUUUAAUCUUUUGGAUCACAGCCCCUUAAAACUCUGGGCUAAAUCAGAAGUAAAGCAGAAUUUCUUAAGGUAGUUUUAUUUCCAGGUACACUAAAAACUUGAACUUUAAGGGAUCAGCAUUGUGGGACACACUGAAGGUUAAGCCACUGUCUGCAACAGCAGCUUCCAAGUGAGGAUUUGUGCCCCAGCUGCUCCAAUUCCGAUCCAGAUUCCUGCUAAUGUGCUUGGGAAAGCAGCAGAAGAUUACCCAAGUACAUGGGCCCUUUCAACCACGUGGGAAACCUGGAUGGAAUUCCAUAUUCCUGGCUUUAGCCUGGCCCAGCCAUGACUGUUGUGAAUAGCUGGGGAAUGAAACAAAUGGAUUGACAAUUUAUCUCUCCCCUCCAGAACUAUGUCUUUCAAAUAAAUAAAUAAAUAUUUUUUCAAAAAUAAUUGAACUGUCUUCAAAGGAAUUCCAUCUAAGACAUCUCAUGUCCAUAUAAGCACAACCUCAUAAAGAUGCAUGCUUGUAUCUCUUUUGACCCAUGAAAAUGAAACAUGUGCUUCUUUUCUCAUGAUUUUCCUAGGAGAACCAAGAGAUAUGGAUAGUUCAUUCAUUUUAAUCCUGGAUUUGAGGUCAAAAGCUUAGAAAUUAUGUCUUCCUUAUGUACAUCCUUCUUUGAUGGCCCCUUCUUUCCACUGGGGUCUCACUCACAGAGAUCCUUCAUGCAGAACCGUUUUUGCCACUAUGUCUUGGCUUUGCAUGCCUGAAAUGCUCUCAUGGUAUUUUCAGUUAGACCUUAGGGGAUGAUUCUGAGGUCAGAGUGCUGUUUAGGAUGUUUGUCAUUCUAUGAGUCUGCUGUGUGGACUUCUUCCCAUGUUAGAACUUCCUCCCUUUGUAAUGCUAUCUAUUGUUAUUACCAGGCACUUGGUCUUAUUUAUGUGAUCCCUUUCACAGUGUUUUAUACUCCAAACCCAAGCACCCCAUGUACUUUCACCUUGAGAUUCUCUCCAUCAUGGAUAUGACCCUUGCUUCCUUUGUAACCCCUAAGAUGAUUGUGAAUAUGGUAAAAGAAGAUGAAGAAGAAGAAGAGGAGGAAGAGGCAGAGGAUGAAGAAGAAAAACAUUACCUCCUCUGCUGGAUUUACUCAUAUAUAACUCCUUUAUCUCCUGGAUAGGGUUUCAGUGGUAUUCAUAAUCUACACAACAUGUAGCUGGUCAUUUGCAAACCUACACACUAUAUAUCCAUCAUCUACAAGAGGGUGCAUGUUUUGCUAGUAGUUAACUCACAGUUCAUCGGUCUCCUUCACUCCUGACACCCUUUGAUGUGAAGUUGCAUUUCUUUGUUCUCAACAUAAUAAAUAGCAUUUUCUGUGGUCUCCCUCUGGUUGCUAAAUGUGCUUCCAUAGAUACCUGUAAUAUACAGAUAGUAUUGUCAGCAGCACCAUGAUCUGAAUAGAUUUGUCAUGUUGCUUGCCUCCUACAGUCUGAUCUUCUUAACCAUUAGGAACCACUUAUUCUUAGCAGUAAAAGUUCUUUCCAGGGGCCAGCACUAUGGCUCAGCAGGUUAAGCUGUUUCCUGCAAUACCUGAAUCCCACAUCAGAGCACCAGUUUGAGUCCCAGUUGCCCUGCUUCCAACCUGCCUCCUUGCUAAUGUGCCUGGGAAUGCAAAGGAAGAUGACCCAAGUGCUUGGGAUCCUGCAACCGAUGUUGUAAGACCCAGAUGGAGUUCCCGGCUUUAAACUCACCCAGCCUGAAUGUUGCAGGCAUUAGAGGAGUGAACCAGCAGAUGGAAAACCUUUUUCUCUGAAUCUCUCUCUCUGUCUCUCUCCCUGUCUCUUUGUCACUCUGCUUUCAAAUAAAUUAAAUGCAUCUUUAAAAAAUUCCAGUCCAGCUUUACUCACAUCAUGGUUUACUCACAUCUUCCUUUACCCAUUCAUCUUUACUUAUACAUGCCCUGUAAGCAACUAUUCUGAGCAUAGAUUUCUUGCUAUAUUUAUAGCAUCGUUGCCCCUCUCUAGGCAAUCCUUUACAUGCUGUGAAACAAAGAACUGAAGAUAGCCAUGAGGAAACUGGAAAGCUUUUGUGAGUUUAGCCAAGGAUAGUAAGGUUAAAAAUAUGAUUUAGAAGUAAACAAAGGAUUUUUAAUUAAGGUUUUCUUCUUAGAUUCAAGUAGUUGGACCAACAUAGAAUAAGGAAAGAAAAAUACAACAAUAUUAUAUAGAUCAAAGGGUACUUUUUUGAAGUACCCUUAUAUUUAGGUAGGAUUCAAAUAAUCAAGGUGCUCUAAAAUCUUUAAUAUUCAUAUUUAUUAUUAUAGAGAUUUAAAAUAUGUGAAAUGAAAUCUUACAAGACUGUAGUGAGACUUGGGAGUGCAUGUGGCACAGUGGUUAAGUUUCCUCUUGGGGCAUAUCCCAUAUACGUCCCAUAUUGAACUGCUUGGUUUUAGUCCCAACUUCUCUGCUUCAGAUCUAGCUUCCUGCUAAUAUGCUCACUGAAGGGAAUUAGAUGACAGCACAAGUACUGAAUCCCUGCAAUCCUGUAGAACUGGAUUGCAUUCCAUAUUCCUGAAUUUAGCCAAGCCCAGUCCUGGUUGUUGAAGGCAUUUGGGAGUGAACUAACAGAUGGAAGAUUUUUGUCUCUCUUGCUCUCUGUCACUUUUUCAAAUAAAAUGAAGAUAAAUAAAAUUUUUUAAAACUACAGACAGAAAAACAAUGUAAUCAAAGAUUUUGGUAUGCUUCUCUCAAUAAUUGGUAGAAAAAAAUCACAAAACACAUAAGAUAAAUAGUAGACCUGAAUAACCAACUUGAUGCAGUUGCCAUUUUUACAACACUUUGAUCGAAAGAGGUACCUUUCUCUGAAGGGAGGAGAGAACUUCCACUUUGACUAUGACCUUGUCUAAAUAAGAUCAGAGUCGGCGAACUCAAAAAGCUUCCAUAGCCUUGGCAGCUCAUGACAAGAGCCUAGGGUGAUUACUGACGCCAUAAACAAGAGUGUCAAUUUGUUAAGUCAACAACAGGAGUCACUGUGCACUUACUCCUCAUGUAGGAUCUCUGUGUCCUUAAUGUGUUGUACAUUGUGAAUUAAUGCUAUAGCUAGUACUCAAACAGUAUUUUACACUUUGUGUUUUUGUGUGGGUGCAAAUUGUUGAAAUCUUUACUUAAUAUAUACU